AUGAUACAAACCUUGAUGGCACACCUCUCACCCCCACCCCCAGCGCGAGGUCCGGAACCUAGGGGGGAGGACCUGCCUCUGCCGCCAUCUGUAACGACAGCGGCAGGGGGCUACCUACCUAUUGUUCGGGAGUUACGGGCCAUGCACACUCCAAGGUUUGGAGGAUCGCUGGAUCCCGAGGCUGCAGAAGAAUGGAUGACAUGCAUCACACGAGUCCUGGAAUAUGUUCAGUGUCCCCUACGUUAUCGAGCGCUACUAGCGAGCCAUCACUUAUCCGGGCAAGCUCGACAUUGGUGGGAGAAGGUGGUACAGGAGAUGGCGGACGGACAUCAUUUCACCUGGGAGGAAUUCAAGGAGGAUUUUGAGAGGAAGUACUACCGUCGACAGAAUCAAGAACGCCGCUUCUCUGAGUUCCUGAACCUGCAGCAAGGGAACAUGACUGUGAGGGAGUACGAAGCUGAAUUCGUACGCAUGCUUAAGUAUUCGGCGCAUCUGGUGUCCCUAGAGAGCCAGAAGAUCACUAAGUUCGUUGUGGGACUACGACCCUCACUCCGCUGGAGAGUCACGCUCCACGAGUUCCGAACUCUGAGCCAUUGCAUUGACCAGAUGGAGAAAGCAGAGGAAGCGAAAAAGGAGGAGAGAGCCAGCAGGGCCCGUGACCGAAGUCCUCCUAGACGCCAUCCCUAUACGCGUCCGUCGGGAAGACUAGUCAGACUGGCCAGAGCAGCCGAGUGCAAAACAAGGGUAAGGCGCCAGUCACCCAGGCAUUACCUCCGCCACCUCGGAGAGGGCCACCUGUCUGCUAUCGGUGCCAGCAGCCAGAACACUUUGCGGCAUAUUGCACGGUGA